UAAAUACAAAUGCUGUACUGACACGACUGAACUAGAGGACAUAAUCAACCACACAUAACUUAUUAAUAAUGUGAAAGUAAUGAAGAUGAGUUAUUAACUAUAUCAACAUAAUACCAGCGCACAAUAAACGAAAUGACUAACUGUUUGAGAGAGCCUGCUUUCGUAGUUGGAGAAAUCGAUGACGAUAUUAACCUCUCUUUGCCACCAACUUCUGGAGAAGAAUACUUGAAAAGAGUAAUAGUAGAAGCGCAGCAAUGCGCAGAUAUUGUAGUAGCUGACGUCGAUCAGAAGUGUUUCAAAACACCAACAAUUGAUAUUGAACCUUUAUCAGGAUGCAUGGAGGCACCAUCAUGGCUUGGCUGUACACUUGAUUGGCAGCAUUGCCAAAUGUCAGAUUUUUCCAAUGUCAGACUGUACAUAAGCCAAUUGAAGAAUGAAAUUCAGAUGUCAAAGCGUGAAUGGAGACCACCGCAAUUAGAUCUGCCAAGUAUAGAUGAACAAAAAGAUUGGAUCAAAUUUUGUUUGGGUCAUUUCGAAGGGAAGACAAGGAUUGUUCCUACAUUAAAUGUCAUUUUCUGUUUAAAUCAACCAAUGGUAGAACAAAUAUUAGAGUAUUUGGUGGAACAUAUCGAGAUACAAAAAAAAAUAGAAUAUGAAUUGGGCCAAUGGAUAUAUGCACUACUGGUUGUUCUAGAAGUACCUUUGACUCCAAAUGUGUGUUCCUGUUUACGUUCCUUGGCAAGGACAUGCUCGAUCAUUCGAGCCCAUUCGAAAACGUUGGAAGUACACGAAAUUGGGGCAUUGAAUUUAUUUAUAUGUCUAGUUGCAAGAUACUUUCGACAACUAGACAUGGCUGAUCCUUAAAACUCUGUUUUCUAAAGUGCGAUUAUAAUUGUACUUGUCUGUUUUAAUAAAACCGAUCUUUUGAUAAA